AUGGCACUCGCCACCCCUCAUCAGCCGCUCUUGAAGAGCGCUCCUAGGACCGCGAGCGGUAUAACUCGUGACGUUCUACUCGACGAGCGCAAUCACUUCAUUCCCUAUGAUCUUGGACGGUUCACGAAAUUGGUCUUCUAUCAGCCAAAGGCCCGGUUCUUCUACCGGGAGCUUGAGGUCAUCUGGCAAGGCGUCCCGUCGUCAAGCUGGAUCGAGCUAAUGACGCUCAUGGGCACCAAGGCUCUGAGCGUCAAGGCGAGGGAGGCGCAACUUGCGGCCCAGAGAAGCUACAACAUCUUUUCCUGGCAAAUGUGGAGAGACCGGAUGGAGAUGCACGAUGUGUGCACCAAAGCUUUCGAGGACUACAACCAGGUCAUGUGCCAUAGCGGAGUGUGUGAGCACUGAUGACUCCGUCGUGGCGCCGACUAAGUUUGCCCGCUCGUUGCGGAGCAAUCUGCCUGAUCCACACCACGUGUGCUGAAACCUGCUAUCCGAAUUCCUUCCAUCAGACCUGCACAUGCUCCGCGACUCGUUCAUCGCCGAUUACAAUGCCCGGCAUCCCAAACUCGACCCUCCUCUGAGCCGCACCGACGAUCUCCGAGCUCGCCUCCCCUCUCGCGAUCUUCCUUCGAUGGCCGAGCAUCGCAAGCAGUUCCAAGAUCGUUUCGGCACGAAUUCAACGCCGUGGUUCGGUAUAUUCACGAAGCAAGAGAAGCGUCAUCUGCGAGGUGCGUCGGUCGAACGGGCUCUUCGGACAUGAGCAGCUCUCACCAUCGUCUUCUACUGACCGCACCUCGAUCAGCGUUUGGAAUUCUUCUUGACCCAGAGCCUGAUGGCACUACUGAUUUUGACCACGUCGUUGAUUUACGGGUAGGGGUAGGGAUCGUAGGAGAAGUCAAAGAGAUGCUCGUCGACGAAGCCUCCCCUACCCAUGGCCUUACCUCGUGA